CCUAUGCAUUUCUCAAUCGUGACUGUUACUUUGUUAUUUCCUUAGCUCCAUAGCUAGGCGACCGUUUUAUCUCUUUUAUUUCGCCGCGUACUAGGAAUCGGGAAGUCACUCUAGUCGAUACAGUCGCAAAAGGGAUCUCGAACGUCUACUUGUCGAUCUUCCGCGCAAAGAGUUUCAGAUCGUUUCAGAUAACUUCCGAAAUAAAGUGACCCCACGUCGUGUCUUUCAUUCUCCACUUUCGUUUCUGCGCUAGUUGUCUCGCCGGUUGUCUUCGUAUCGUACCGCGAGACAUCGCGCACUCCUUCCGGAAUCAGUACGUGUAAGUCGGGAGUCGUGUAACGGAGGAUCGUACAUUUCGACAACAUAACGAAUUUUCAUCGCGCCGAAGUGAGUUUCGUACUUCUUAAAGAUUUCUUUGAUAUAUCUUAGCUUAAAGCUGUGAAGAGAAACCGACACGUUCAACGGAGCUUGACGUGUCCCUAAGACCCUCUGUGCUAUCCGUGAACAGCAAAUUGCCGUUGUAAGAAGUGCAAAUCAUACUUGAACUCAGAUCUAAACGUGUUCGGAGAACGUGUUAAGCUAUAACGAAAGGAAAAGUGGUGUCAAAGUUAAAUGUAAAUAGAUAUGUAAUAAACGAUAUAAGGAACGAAAUUAGACGAAGGUGGAGCGCAAGGUAUCGGAAUAAAAAUCUCCAAGAGAUUCAAUGGUAACACCUUUGGAGAAUGGAGCAAGCUGGAAGGAACAAGACAAAGUACAAUUCCCCACACUCGUCCGCUACAUGGUCUAAUAAACCAACGGCUGACGCUAGAGUCUCGCCUGAUACGUGUUGGAAGUAUGCUCAAAGAAGUAAUCAAGAUGCCGCCGAUAAAAACACCAGUCGCGUGAUUUUUAGACGCCAUCAGACUCCCGUGGCGGAAGCGGCAGUGAAUUAUUAUCCUCCCGCAAAUUCUUACAAGAAUGUGAAGCAUCACAGCCACUCGUGCUCAACAUAUCCAAAGCAUUCUUCCGCGCUCCACGCGGAGGCGCCUCAUCGAUACCAACCAGUUAACGCCAAAUCCAGCAGAAACAAUGAUUACGUCGCCAACAACGCUGCCGUCAUGACGAAAGAUCGCUACAAAAGCCAGCCAGAGGACGAGAGUAAUGCAGGAUACAUUGACGAGGCAUCGGGAAAUUAUACGGAGGACAACAUAGAGGACGACGCCGAGGAGGAAGGUACGGAAGCGGUGAACGAUCAUGAGAGGAUUAUCGAGCCUCUCGACAAGGAGUACGAUGAGCAAGUGGUGGACGACGAGGUAGACGAUGAGUCUGAUGUGGCCGCCGAGCCACAGACGAUGCAACGGAAUGCAGCGAAAAAAGAGGCAUCGCUGCGAGCGCAGCAGCGAUUGCGAACAAUUAACCAGCAGCAAGACCCGCAUAGGAUUCAUUACCGUCAGCACUCACCAAGACUGCAUCAGGCUCAUGCUCUGGCGACAAGGUACUACAAUAUACCACCCGAUCACGACCUCCACGAGGCAUUGUCGGAGGAGGAUUUGUACGUCGCGCAAGCACUGAAAAGUCCUCCGCGAGGAUCGUCAGCGGGCUACUAUCCAAAUUGGAUCCCGCCGAGGAGUUCCGCCGAUCGAUAUGACACGACGACCUCGCCAACACAGCUGAGUCGCGGAGCACGGACGAGACCGGAAUCGAAGUCCUUUAUGGAGGUAGAAUUCGCCGACAGGAGAAAGUGCAGCCGUUGCGGUAGUGUCUCGAUCAGGAAGCCGCCGUGCUCGAGGAGGAACAACUACAGAUUUCAGGAUGCCUCCGCUUUCUCGACUAAGGGACGUUUUGGCGACGACGCCGAGAUUCUCGAUCAGUUCUGGUGCGGUCACUGCAAGCAACCGAGACGCUACGUCGAAGAAAGUAUGGGACCCAGUGAAAUUCCAUCACCGGCCUUGUACUCCAUAAAAUCGAGACGCUCCAGGAACUCCGGCACACCGGUGCACGAAACAUCGGAGGGGAAAUGCGCGACGGACGAGUUAUCGCACGGAUAUAUGCGAAUUCCGCUGAGAUACGCCAAAGAUGCGUCAAGUGUUUUACGCGAUAGAAUCAGACAGCAACCGGCACAGGGUCCAACUAGGACGUCCGUCCGUUACGACCCUUAAACUCGCGUGAGAAAUUGAGAGGAUCGACAGACGUUUUACAGAUGGAAUAUGUAAAUUUUCGCACUAGAGACUAAAAAACUGUCGUCAAGAAAAGAGAUUCACGCGAGACAUGAAGCGAGCAUCGGAAACUCGUUUCGCUCGGCAAGAACAGUCUCCAGCGUGAAAGUUUGUUUCUUGAUCUUACAAGUGUCCAGUUGCAUGUGAGCACGUAAUAUUAUCUGUGAUCGCUGAGGUCAUUAAAGGAGAGACGUCUGGUAUCCUCUUGUGUUUUACAAAGAAAAACGGUGUUUACGCGAGAGCGCUAGAGGGCUUUCGGAAUAUGAGAAUUGUUACUUCGAAUUCUAUCUUUCAUUGAAUCGUAACAAAUAGAUACUUGGAAUGGGAGCCUAAAGAUUUGUAGAAAUAAAAAUUAUCGAGAGCUGAUAUAGUAGACCCAUACACAACGAGAGAUGCCAUUACAAUGUAACAAUCACAAAUGCUACGAUAAUAUUCUUACUCACACACAGUCAUUUCCCUCCUACCGGUUGUCCAACAUAUAUUUUUGUAACUGUCUUUCUCGAAUCGUGUAGAUGUACUCUGUGUGCCAUGUUAAGAAAAUUGUGCCACGACGGCGCGAGAGGUUAGACGCAAAUGUACAUAAGAAGGGAAAAUAAUGGGCAAACGAUGAAGAAGGUACAGCUGAUGUCGAAGCGAUUCAACAUCCUCUUCCUCAUUGUAAUUUCAGAGAGAUAAACUUCACUUCAGAGAAACGUCUUUUGGCACUGGCGAACAAAAUCGAUUGUAAAUACGUGAUACUAUUAUAUAAUUGAUUAUACGAUAGCCGUACGCGUACAUGUUGAA